AUGGCUGUGCUCAGAGUGUCGUCUUACCGCAAGCUGUUUGAGGAUGAUGGCUGGAGUCGAAAUGGAGGGUUGGGUAUGCAGUGUGCAGGGCAGUACCGGGCCUCUCUCAGGGGUGCGGCCGUUGACGAGUGUGACUGUGACAAGUUAGACUUUGUGGCUGCCAAGUCUCUCAACAAGGAGAGUCUCAACCGGUUUGUCCAGGACCGCACCACCAUCGCUGCUCUCAAUGACCGUCUGGUCAGGCUUAUUGAACUGGCCCAUUGUUUUGAGAGGGAGAAUGAGUCUCUUGAAUGUCAGAUUGUGGAGCUUGAGGAGAAGCUGACCUGUCAACAAGCCUCCUCCAGCAUCACCUCUGUUGUGGCUCAACCUGACUACAGCCUGGAUGCAGUGGUGGAAAGACUGCGCAAGCAGAGGGAUGAGAUUCUAUGUGACACUGAGGAGCUGCAGAGAGAGCUUGAACGUCUGAAGAAAAGCUAUGAGAUGGCUGCACAGCAGAGGAUCCUGUUCCAGCAAGAGCGACAAGAUGUUGCUGAGGAAGUGGAUGCUGUGACAGCAGAGUGUUUGGCACUGAGGGAGCAAGUGGCUAUCUACGAGGAGCAGCUGGCCAACAUGGAGGCCCAGCACAAGGCGGCAGUGGAGAGUCUUCUGGAGCCAGCUGAGGGGACAAGAGGAACGGUGGCAGCAAUUAGAUUUAGCAGCCCUGACAUCACUCCGGCCUUGGAUGUAAAGGAGUACUACUGCCAGCUGGCUGAGAGCCUCCAGUACGAGUGUGGCACCGCCUCUUCUGCUGUGGUUCGCAGUGGUGAUGGAAAACAACUGGAAGUGGGAGAAGCUGCAGGCUCAAGGGUCAAAGACGUGCCAAAGAUAAAGGACAUCAGUGAGAUGAAGAUGCUGAUUUCAGAGCUACAAAAGGAGCUUGCUGAGCUUGAAAAGUGUAAUGAGGAGCUGGAGGAUGAGAUUGAGAUGAAGAAGGCUGCAUACAUGGAUGAGAUUGCUGAGUUGGAGUGUACUGUAGAUGAAAUGCGGCACCAGGAGUCUGACCUCCAAGCGCAGAUGAAGGAGCAGUGUGCAGACUACAAGGAGCUGCUCAGUGAGAAGAUGGCCAGAGACAUGGAGAUUGUUGCCUACAGGAGUCUGGUGGAGGAAGAGGAAGAGAGGCUGUGCAACCCGUGAAACGAGGCCAAAGAGUCAGACUGGCCGUCUGCAGUUCGGCUGGAUGCUCCGUCACACAUGGAUUAGAAAACAGACAAAAGAAAAUCGUGAAAAGCAGACCCAAAUCAAGAUUAAGGUACCAACGCAGCAAUUUGAGCUGAUGUAAACUUAUCAUGACAGAUUAAUGCUGUCUGGAGGCCUAAGCCAGGCAAUUGAUAACAGGUCGCGGACAGAUGACCCCGAGACUCCAAGAAAGAUGGAGCUGUCUAAAACUGGGAGGGAGGUGGGAGGAUGGGGGCUCUGCAGUGAGUGUGUAUCCAUUCAGUGUCUGGCAGUGAUAUUUCCUUAAGUGGGUUUUAUCUUUACCAGCUCACUGAUAUGAUUCAUAAAUGUUUUGUCCCCUCUUUGUCGAACAAGUCUGACACACAAACACACAUGCCGACACGCACGCAAGCUAAACUGUGCGGCUCCGUGGAGUCAUUCCCCCUCUGAUGCCACCUCGUCCAUCACUUAAACUUUGUCUGAUUACGAGCUCUUAACCCUUGACCCCGUCACUGUUAACAAACAUAUUGACAGCUCCCUCUCUUCAGCAACUUAAAGCGUCUCAUCGUCGUUUUGCUUUUACAGUCAUGUGUUUAUGUUGGUUUUACAUAUAACUGUUUGCUUUUCAAAUGGUUCGUGAAGUUGUUUUUCUGCAGCUCUUACAAAUCGAGCACCUGGAUCUUUCCACAAGGAAAGCCUGUGUGAUUCGUUAUUCCUUCUUUGAAGAGCAAUGUCCCAAUUUGCUGUCAUUUCAGAAAUAAGCAUUUGGUAAUACAUUCCUUAGUAAUCUUUUCCUUAUUUUCUACAAGCUGCCUGUGAUAAAUCAUUUUUGGUUCCUGCUUCUGCACAAGCGUCAGAAUGUGCUUUAGAUUUAAAUUGAAUAAAACUAGU